UGACAAUUCGCUUUAAUUAUGAAAAAAACCUAAUUAAGAAGAAUAAUGUGCAAACUUUUUUAUAUGCAUCCUUAAAAUUAAGCUCUCCGCUUUCUUUGUAUAUAUGUUUUGUCCUAGAAAACCGUGUGUGUAAAAAGUUGAAUUUUUUUUUUCAAUAGAUCGAAGGAUGUCCUUGUCGCACACUAUUGUUUUCCUUGUCUAUCGUCAUUAGACAAGGAGGGCUACUGCGUGCGACAAGGACCGACAUAUAUACACGGUAGACAAGGAGAGCAGUUCCGUGCGACAAGGACAGACAAAUGGGCGCAUUAGACAAGGAAGUUGACAGCGUGCGACAAGGACAUAUUCACGCGUAAGACAAGGAGGACAACAGUGGUAGACAAGGACAGAAAUUUUCGGACAUGAAGACAACAGCAUGCGUUAAGGAUAAAUAUGUUGGUGCGAUAGACAAGGAGAGUAGUAACGUAUGACAAGGACAAACGUUUUCGCGCAGUAGACAAGGGGGGCAAUGGCGUGGGAUAAGAACAGCAAUAUAAAUAAAAAUCCAUUCAGUUUCACCAACAUUAACUUCUACAUAUUAUGUAAAUACAGUGCCAUCUGUAGGAAGGAUAAAUACAUUACGUUAUGGCACGUAACAUCUGAUAUUCCUGUCAAGAAGUAUUUGUAUACAGUGGUCGGCGCAGGUGGAAAACAGUAUGUUAUGAAUAGUUCAUCUCGAAAAUGUCUGUGAGGAGAUAGCACUGAACAAAAUGAACAAAAAUAUGAAUUCACCGUCGAAACUUACGGAGUUCGCUCCGUUGAGUCCCGAAGAAAGUCAACCUGUUGUAGCUUCCCUGUUUUCCAAAUUUUUUAACUUCGCUAAAAGUUCACAGAAUGUUGAUGAUUCUACGAUCUCUCCUAUUACUAACGAGGAACAGAGCUCGUCUGAUUCUGAAUCUUGGAAACAGUCAGAAAGUACUGAGAAAUCACCUGAAGAUGACGGUUCUAGUAUGAUGAAUUUUCCAUUAGAUACUCGCGAAGGUAGAAGUUUACCAAAUGUGCUAAAACGUAUUAGUAACAUUGUUGCUUUGAAAAGCAACAACUUACGUUCGUACAAAGAUUCUCAGUUAAGAAGCUAUUGGAUGCCAGAUAGCGUGAGCAAACAGUGUUAUGAAUGUGGUGAACGAUUUACAACAUUUCGUAGGAGACAUCAUUGCCGCGUUUGCGGCCAAAUAUUUUGUUCGAAAUGUUGCUCUGAUCAAAUUCCUGGGAAAAUUAUGGGAUGCACUGGUGAUCUUAGAGUUUGUACUUAUUGUUGCAAAGUAGUUCUAUCUUACUUACAAUCGUCGGACAUGAGAAGUGAUCUGUCCGCGGACUUAAAAGCUUUGCAAGAAGAUCUUCAGGUUAAGUAUGGAAAUGAUUCGCCACCUGCAACUCAAAAAUGUUCACAUAAAUCAGCAGAAGAUGAAACUUCAAUCUGCAGGAAACCAAGUGUAGGAUACAUGGAAGAAAAAUAUGCUAUUGGAAGACCAACAACUAGUUAUUUAACAUCACAGGAACGUUCUAUUGUCUUACAAAAUUCAGCUUCUUUGAGAAUGAUCUAUGAAGAAUUGUUUAGAUCUAGCCAAGCAAUUGUCUUACAAACACACAGAGUUAGACUAAAGAGUUACCACAAUUGCUUUCUGGCUAAUGAGUUAGUAAACUGGAUGAUAGCACAAAAUAAGGCAGCUACUCGAGUGCAAGCUACUGCCAUAGGAGAAGCAUUGCUGGAAGCUGGUUUCAUAGAACCAGUCAUUGCUGACAAUGUAUUUAGUGAUACAGCAACGAUAUUUAAGCCAGUGAAAUUAUUGAAUAUGCAAAGCAUAGAUUUGUUAACUGAAACUCAAAACACCUGUGAUGCUCAAGAACCGGCAUGGGUGAAAACUAUUCCACAACAUGAUUCGACAACUGAUUCAGAAAGUGAAACGAAACCUUCAAAUUCAACGCAACAAAUGACUGGACGUUUGCCAUCUUCUAGUUCAAGUUUUUACUUAGAUUUAAACUUAGAAGCAUCUACUGUUACGUUAAAGAGACCUACAUCAGAAGACUUGACUACAAUUUCUGUAGAUAGUAGCGACGGCGUAAUUGAACAAAAAGAAGUCACAGUGAAAUCGCAUAAAUGUAAUUUUAAAAUUGCCGAUGAUCUUUUGAACGAUACGCUACAGGUUCAGGAAUUUAAAGAAAAAAUUGGUUGGCACAAACCGACAAAUCUUCGAACCAUGUUUGGAGAAUUACACGCGUAUGAAUGUCUAAUAUCUGCAUACAAACAACACGAAGAUUCACUGAUUAAGCAGCUUCUUAAUAAAGAAGGUUUGUCGCAAAGUUGGUUGGAAGUAAUACUACCUAUUGCCCAUCAAAUUAUUGAUUUUGUUAGGCCAGAUUUAAAUCAUAAUGUCGACGAUUUGGAUAUUCGACAAUACGUACAAAUAAAAAAAUGCCCGGGCGGAAGUAGAGACGAUUGUGAAAUCGUCUCUGGUGUAGUUUGUACGAAAAACGUUGCACAUAGAGGAAUGAAUGCAAUGAUAGCUCAUCCAAAAAUUUUGUUACUUCAGUGUGGAUUGAUGUAUCAACGCGUAGAAGGAAAAUUAUUAAGUUUAGAACCUGUGAUGUUACAGGAAAAUGAAUAUCUGGGUCAUACAGUUGCUAGAAUCACCGCACUUGGACCAGAUGUUGUAUUAGUGCAUCGUUCUGUUUCCAGAUUGGCACAAGACAGACUCAGAGAAUGCGGAGUAACUCUUGUUUUGAAUGUGAAACUUAGUGUUCUUGAAAGGAUUGCACGGUGCACAGGUGCUAACAUCGUGAAUACUAUUGAUGCACACAUAAGUGCAAGGUACAUGCUUGGUACAUGUAAAAAAUUCUAUCUACGAAACUUUUUAAGUGAGAAAAAUGGUAUUAAAACACUAAUGUACUUUGAGGGAUGUGCAAAUCCACAUUUAGGUGCUACGAUUUUGUUACGAGGUGGUUCGCAAACAGAAUUGAAAAAAGUAAAGAAUGUAACUUCAACGAUGAUCUUUGCCGCUUAUUCUUGGCGUCUCGAAAAGUCCUUUCUUAUGGAUGAAUUUGCAAGACCACCGUCCUCUAAAGAUAAUCCAUUUUUGGAUGAUACGUACAAAGAUUUCAAAGACUUUCCAGAAACGAAUAAAAUAUUACAUAAUAAAGCUAGUGAAGGAAAUGAUUUGUUAUUAAGUCGUAGCAAAGAAUAUGCAGAUAGUCCAGAAAUUUUAAAAAUAUCAGAAAUUCAGGAAGAUUCCGGAAGUGUAUCAAGCGAUAAACAACGGCUAGAAAUAGAACUUUCAGUGAAUGAAAACACAUCAAUGCAAGACAUAGUUUCAUAUCAGACUGAGAAUAUGUUACCUUCAGGAUCUGUCAAGCAAAUAUCUUCUAUAUUAUCUGAAGAUAGUGAUCCAUACGAUACUUUAAAAUUAUUCAAACCUAAAACAAAGUCCUCUGUAAUUGAUGAAACAGCUGCUGGCAAUUGUCUAACAAGCAAGAUAAACAGUGAUUUAAAUAGUAAUUCCAAUCUUGACAUGGAUGGCAAAGAAGAUCCAAAUAGUACAAUAGAAUUAUUUGGUGGUAAAACCACGGUAAAGUCAAAUAAGAAUGUUAAAGAAGAGGUUGAAAAAUCAAAAAUAAAAGAAAAGAUCGUCUCAGAAGAGAAACGUAUUUAUGGUGAAUCCAUUAGCGAUCGUAGUGAUCCUCUCCAUCAGUAUUUGAACGAAGACGAGGAAGAUGUCUUUAAUCAAACUAGUCCAAAUGGUCAACACUUGAGCGUUGCCGAUUUACCACUGCUAAAUAAAUUUAAGAAAGCAUUAGAGGGCACCGUAUUAAGCGUCUCGCCUUAUCUAAAAUUUUCUAUACCUUACUUGGAGACUGAAACAGGAAGGAAUUGCAUACUGCGAAGUUUCUUCCCAAGAGAGAUCUUUUACUCCGCGCAGUUUGAGGACAAAGUGAAAGAGAUCAAAACGGUUAACGUAUCUGCGGAACAGUCGGCAACCGAAAGCUCUCUAAUGAAGUUGAAAUUGAAACCGCAGCAUCCGUUUGUUCAAGCGAGAUUAACGACGGACGUAGACAGCCGAGAGGUACAGGCCUUAUUAGCUAAUUUUAGAGCGUGCGGCAGCCGACUAUAUCCAACGAAUAACGUUCUAUCGGAGAAACAAAUUCUGAUACAGUCAGAAGUAAGCGAACCUCCCGCGUGGCCCGAUUGUUUGGAUCCUGCUAGUCAUCAACGUUUGUCUGUGUUGUUCUGUAGCUUCUCACACACUGGCAAUAAUGAUACGCCAGCGUUUUGCGUGAACCCUUGGGUAGUUAACAUGGAUUUAUAUGGAAGAAACGACAUCGCGCUCGGACGUUUCUUAGAGCGUUAUUGCUUGACAUACGAGUACAAAUGCCCUGCCCAGGCAUGUCGGGCACAAAUCGCUCACCAUGUCCGGCGGUUUGUGCACGACGGCGGAUGCAUACACAUUACUCUGAACGAAAUGAGCACUGAUCCGUUCUCUCAAGACAGUGCGAAUCAAAUCUUAAUGUGGAGCAAGUGUAUGAAAUGUAAAGGUGUGUCACCGGUAGUACCAAUGUCCGAUGACACUUGGUCCUUGUCGUUCGCAAAGUAUCUGGAGCUACGUUUUCACGGUAGCGCGUACACUAGACGGGGCACAGACACUUGCCAACACUCGCUUCAUCACGAUCACUGUCAGUAUUUCAUCAAGAAGAACAUGCUGGCCGUGUUCAAGUACACGAAAAUAUCGCAGUGGGAGAUCUCGCUACCGCCGCCGGUAAUAAAUGUCAUGUACGAUCCGAAACAGCACGCAGACGUGAUAGAAGAAAUGAAAGGUAUAGCGUUGAAGGGGGACGAAGUUUUCUCCUGCAUACGAGAAAAACUGACGACCUUGCAAACGGAUCUGGAUAUUUUGAACGCUGUUAAACAACAGUUGGGCAAGGAUCAACAGUACUUCAAGAAUAAGAUCGAAGAGAUCCAGUUGAAACUGACGUCGCCAACGUUGGAAAACAAAAAACUGGAGGGGAAAGUAUCUGAGAAACAAGUUCAAGCACUGAUGUUCAGGAUCGAGGAUGGGAUAGUGAUUCUCAAACGAUUGAUAUCGGAAGUCGUGUUCACCUGGAACGCGAAGAUUUUGGAGAUGUCUGUUAAGAAGAAAGACGAGAGGCCAAGACGAUUCACUGAACGAUCGUUGACAACUGGAAGUAAUAGCAUAAUCGAUACUGACGGAUACAUAACGGAGGAUACCGCAUCGGAAUCGCAGUUGGAAGAUCUAAGCCCUAUGUCUGCAGAUUAUAAUGCUGUCGACGCAAUUGCUGCUGUACAGAACGAUUUACAAGGAAUGGAAGGCCUAGAAAAUUCAGACAAUGAAGUCUUAGAAAAUAAUAACCCUGAAGAUAUCGUUGUCAUUCAAGGUUCCCCAAAGAUGCAUCAAAGAUCGCAUUCAGACGUCCUGCCUGUUACUUUCGACGAUAUUCCAGAUAAGAAGAAGAAGAAGAAGACCAUCUUGUCGCAAUUGUUACCAUCCGUUCCUGUUAUUCAACCAAUACCAAAUCCUUUAGGGACUCUGGAACAUCACUUACUUCCCCUUGGAUCAGUUGUACCUAUAGUGGUGUAUGAAUCAGAGCCUUCAUCUAUAAUCGCAUACGCACUGGAUUCACACGACUAUAAACAUACACUUCACGAAUUAAUGCGUUCGACGAAAGGGCCCGAUCUGAAUCCCAGCCCAUUGAACAAACGUAAAUUCCCCGAAAAUAAAGAGAACGUUCCUGACUUAACACAAUCUGGCGAAUUCAAGCGGCCGUCUGUUUUGUCAUUCUUCCGGGGGAACAGCCCGAAUUCUGCAAGUCCUUUAGACUCGGACAAGACUAUUUCAAAUGUGGAUUCUAACACGCAGAGUUCAUCGGUGACUGCAGACACGGACGAGGACACUAAAACGAAAAAACAACAAAAUUACAUCGAAGUACAAUUCAACGACGCAACGACGAAUUUCUAUUGCAGGAUAUAUUUUGCUGCACAGUUUGCCGCUUUCAGAGAAAACGUUUUACCGUGCGGGGAAGACGGUUUCACGAGAAGUUUAAGUCGUAGCGUACAAUGGGCCGCGAGAGGUGGAAAAAGCGGAAGCACUUUCUGCAAAAGUCGAGAUGACAGGUUCAUUAUAAAAGAGAUGUCUCGAUUAGAAAUGCAAAUAUUUCUCGACUUUGCACCAAAUUACUUUUCCUACAUGGAAAAGUGCCAACAAACUAAGCAACCGACGUUGCUAGGAAAGAUAGUCGGCGUUUACAGAGUAUCUUUUAAAAACAAUACAACAAACGCGGCACUUCGGACCAGCGUGCUAGUGAUGGAAAAUUUAUUUUACAAACGAACGAUAACGGACAAAUUCGAUUUGAAGGGAUCGGUAAGAAAUCGGCUCGUAAAUCCUGACGAUAUGUGCCAGGAAGGAGAACUCGUAUUGCUUGACGAAAAUUUAUUAAACAUGAGUUGCGAUUCGCCGCUCUAUAUCAGAUCACAUUCCAAAGCGGUUUUAAAUAGAGCCAUUGAACAAGAUACGAAAUUCUUGGCUGAUAACUCUGUGAUGGAUUACUCACUACUAGUAGGUUUAGAGCCAAACUCCGAUGAACUUGUCUUAGGUAUAAUAGAUUAUAUACGAACAUUUACUUGGGAUAAGAAGUUAGAAACAAUGGUGAAGAAAUCGGGUAUAUUAGGUGGCCAGGGAAAACUGCCAACGAUAAUAUCACCAGAAGAAUAUCGAGCUCGUUUCAUAGCCGCUAUGCACCGAUACUUCUUACCUGUACCGGACAGGUGGUACGGUCUAGGUAGAGGUGUAGAAACAUGAUAAAUAUGUGACUUUCAAAUAAUGAGAUUUUCGAUUUUUCACAAAUACUGUAUACUAAACGUACUGUAUAUAUAUUUUCUAUUAUCAGCUGACAUAAAUGUAAUAAGCAGCGUUGCGUAUAGAGAUAUGUAAUUGUAUAUUGAUAAUAUACAGAAUUAUUACUAGUCGACAUUGCGAGAUUUUAUAAUGGAAAAGUGAUAAAAAUAAGUUACCAUUAUUAUAAUAGAAAGUCUUGUAUAAUUUCGUAAUUUAUGUAGCGAUCUAACAUUUGAGCUAUGCCGUUUCGCAUUUGCAUUUAUAUUGGUACAUUGGUCAUUGUAUUACAUGUACAUAAUACGUUAAUACUAAAAUUCGUAAGCGAUAUUCAAAGCACAAAGGGCGUGAAUGAGAAUUACAUGAAAUUACAUAAAAGUCUAUGAAAGCACCAUUAUUAAUGUUUUAUUUAAAUCGUUUCUCAAAAUUAUGUACAUGAACAUUAUUUAUUAUUAUUGAUAGUCAAAUAAACAAUAAUAAUAAUAAUAAUAAUAAUAAUAUAAUAGCUUUUAGUAUAUUUAUAACAUAAUAGUAUUUUCAUAAUAGUUUAUAGAUCAGUGUUUCAAAAUUUUUAAAUAUUUAGAAUGGACAACAUUUUUCUUAAAAAAAAAAAAAUAUCUAGUCAAUAUAUCAUAUGUAUCUAGUCAAUAUACAUAUGUAUCUUAUGAUCAGGUCACAAAAGCAAAGUAUAAUGUACACUGAUCUAUACGUUACAAACACAAAAAAAAGACAUUAAAGCAUUUACCUUACAAAAAAACAUCUCGUACUUAAUUUUUGCGUAGCAUUAUUUCUACCAUAUUUACACAAAUGAACGCACAGUCAUGAAGCUGCAGCGAAACUCGAAUACUUGAACUAUUCCAUCUUUGAAAAUUAGAUUAUACUGAUCAUAAUGUCCCAAUGUAUCUUUCGAGACCUAUACUUUAAUUAAUUACUGUAAGUAAGAAAUCUGCAACUACCCGAUUCAUUUCAAUAUUCAUUUUUAUAUGCUUGUUUAGAAAGGGAUAAUAAAAAUGAUAAUAACAAUCCUUCGUUUGUUUGAAAUUUGUGACUCGAUGAUCGUGAUGUUAAAUAAAAUAAUAGAUGCAUCGUGAGAUUAAAUAAACUAUUGUGAAAACGAUUGUUGAAACUGGAAAAUGAGAACUAAACUUUCGAUGCACGUCAUCGAUUACAGGUGGAUAAAAAUGAUUGAAAUGAAAAAACAGUAUUUUAUUAUAUACUGGUUAGGUAAAUUACAGCAAACUGUCGUACAAGAAAUUUCUGUGGAUAAUACGAAAUCUAUGAUUAAAUCAUUUACAUGUAAAGUACGAAAUCUCUAUUCGUCCUAUUUUAUAAAUUCAAUUGACGAUGAAACAGCUCAGCUAAUAUGGCUCCACUGCUCUUUCCUCGUAGAAAAAAAAAUGACCUACACUGGAUAUACUAACUGAGCAAGUGAUCUUUUUCUCACACGUGAACGAGUUUUAAGAAAUGUAUAUAUAGUUCUUCCAGUAACUUUACAUAAAUAUUUAGUGGACAUUACAUAAUCAGUAAAUUCCUUUUUACAAUUUUUUACAUAAUAAUUCGCCGUAAUUUAGUAUUCAUUAUAACAUUAGCCUCGUGGUUCUAUCUAAUUGCCCUCGUCGCAUCGAGCAUGAACAUGUUCUUUUCUUUUGCCUUUCGUUUGGACUAUUAUCACAAAGAUUUUACAUAAAAUCUAUACAAAUUCGAUCGUCA